UGUGUUUCAUUCCCUUCUUCUUCUUCUUCUUCGUCUUCUUCUUCUAGUGUCUCUUCUCUACCCUACUCUUCUUUCUUCUUCAAAAUCAAAAUUCAUUUCACGCGCACCGCAACGCACUGUUUCGGAUUGUGGCUGGCUCCAUCAUGGCCGAACUCUUCAGGCUCAGUUCCGUCGAGUGGAGCCCUUCGCCGGUCAUCGCUUUAGCCACCAGCUUCGACGGCUCGCGUGUCGCCGCCGCCCGCAAAGACGGCUCCCUCGAAAUCUGGCUCGUCUCUCCCGGCUCCAUCGGCUGGCACUGUCAGCUGACUAUACACGGAAACCCUAACGGAAGAGUAACGUCGCUUAUUUGGUGCCCCGGCGGCCCCGACGGAAGCCGCUUGUUUUCGUCAAACAUAGAUGGCUCCGUUACUAAGUGGGAUCUUUUCCACUUGACGCAGAAGACGGUGCUGCCAUCAGACAGUGUUACAAUCUGGCAAAUGGCAGUGACUUUCCCUAAGAGUGACGAGAUCAAUGAUAAAAGGAAGGGUGGACAAAUGGGGAAUGGGUUUCAUGAUUUUGAUGAACAUGAGAGCAUUGAAAGUGAUGAAGAUGAUGAUUCUGGUUCACCUGGUCCUCUCGGGCUAUUGGUUGGUGAGCAUCCACGCGUGGCAAUUGCCCUUGACAAUGGAUGUGUGAGAAUUUGUGAUAUCUCUGACACAGAUGAAUUUAUUCUUGUAAAAUCUUUGCCCCCGGUGAAAGGACGAGUUUUAAGUGUGACUUGGAGUACAGAUGCUAACUAUAUAUAUUCAGGAAGUAGUGAUGGGUUGAUACGAUGCUGGAAUGCUACAUUGGGCAAUGAAAUCUAUAGGAUUACAGCUGGACUUGGAGGGUUGGGCAAUGGACAUGAACUUUGUAUAUGGUCAUUACUGUCUUUAAGGUCUGGUACACUUGUUAGUGCGGACAGCAGUGGUAGUGUCCAGUUUUGGGACAGUCAACAUGGAACUCUCUUGCAAGCACAUUCUUUGCACAAGGGACAUGUACAUGCUCUGGCAGCAUGUCCUAGUCAUAAUAGGGUGUUCUCUGCUGGUUCUGAUGGCCAGGUAAUUCUUUACAAGCUAUCUAGUAGUCAGUCAACAUCAUCCAAUGAUAUCAAUUCUCCAUCAACAAUGAAGAGAUGGAUCUAUGUUCACUAUGUAAGGGCUCAUACACAUGACAUCAGGGCCCUAGCUGUUGCUGUACCGAUAAGUCAUGAAGCAGCAGAUAUUAAGCCAGAAAAGAGGAUUAAAAGAGCUCGACGUGCAGAAAAUCCCAUUAGUUUCCGUUACCAUAAGUGGGCUCAUUUGGGGGUUCCUAUGCUUAUCUCAGCAGGAGAUGACACAAAACUUUUUGCAUACCCAGUGAAAGAAUUCACCAUGUUUUCUCCUCAUGAUAUCUGUCCUGCGCCUCAGAGAACACCCAUUCAACUAGUGCAUAAUUCUGUCUUUAAUCAACGCAAACUGCUUUUAGUCCAAUCUUCGCAAAAGAUAGAGGUUCAAUUGCUACAACUAAAAAAUGUCCGCACCUCUGGAGGCUUUACAAAGAACGUUGUAGUGGCUCAAGUUAACAGUAAGGCAUCUCAGAAGAUAAUUUGCAGCACCAUUUCUAAUUCAGGGGCGCUAUUUGCAUACUCUGAUCAUAAAAAGCCUAGUCUUUUUCAAUUGAAAAGGGAUGAAGUUGGAAAAAUCAAGUGGGAUGUUAGAAAAAGGGAGCUUCCUCAGAUAUUACCAUUUGCCCAUUCUAUGAUUUUCACUCAUGACUCCUCCAAGUUGAUAGUAGCAGGUCACGAUAAAAGGAUAUAUGUUGUGAAUGUUGGGGGGCCAGAUGAAGUUAAGUCAGAAUUACUGCAUACUUUUACACCCCUUCGCAAAUCACAAGAUCAAGAAUUACCUCCGACUGAGCCACCCAUAACAAGAUUGUUUACUAGUUCUGAUGGGCAGUGGUUGGCAGCUGUGAACUGCUUUGGGGAUAUAUAUGUAUUUAACUUGGAGAUACUAAGCCAGCACUGGUUCAUUUCAAGAUUAGAUGGCGCCUCUGUUACAGCAGGUGGAUUUCCUCCCCAGAACGACAAUGUACUGAUAGUUACAACUUCCUCAAAUCAAGUGUAUGCUUUUGACGUAGAGGCCAAGCAGUUGGGAGAAUGGUCCAAACGGCACACAUAUGCUCUUCCUAGGAGAUACCUGGAAUUUCCUGGUGAAGUUAUUGGGCUCUCAUUCCCUCCAUCAGAAACUUCAUCUUCUCCAUCGGCAACUUCAUCUUCAGUUGUUGUUUACAGCUCCAGGGCUAUGUGCUUGAUUGACUUUGGGUUGCCUGUGGAGCAAGAUGAAAGUGAUAUGCUAAAUACUAAAGAUUCAAGGGCAAUGAAUUCACAAAAUUUUAAUGUUAAGAAGAGGAUUGAAGUUAAGAAGAUGAUUGAAGUUAAGAAGGAACAUAAUAGGAGGAACUUUGAAGUUAUACCUUUCGAGAAUCCUGUUUUAUGUUUAGGUCAUACUUCAAAAAAUUCCAUCUUUAUGGUAGACAAACCAUGGUUGCAAGUUGUCAAGAGUUUAGAAGGCCGACCAGUCCACAGACAUAUAUAUGGGACAUGAGGCAUUAAGCAACCUAGAGAAUUGUUCUCAGCUUGAGGGGGAUACAUGACGGGGAUAAAAGUUCCUUGUUGUUUUUCUUUUUGUCUCUUCAUGGCUGGGAUCUGGAAUCAUGUAUUGUGUUAUCAUAAUCAAUUUUGUUCCAUUAGUAAUCGCUUCACUUCACAAUUUAUUUUAUUUUUUAUUUACACAUGUUCUGUACUUUUACUCUUUAAUCAAUCCCUAGCUGGUUUUUGAUGUUUGAUGCA